AUAAGAAUGAACUCGUAUGCCUUUAAAGAAAAAAAGGAAAAGGCUUAGGCGGAAGCGAAUUAUUCUGGUUGACAUUUCAGAACAGGAGGAGGAUAAUGAGUACUCCUAGAGGGUCUGGUGGUAGGAACACCACAAACAGAGGGCGCGGUGGUGGCGUUAACACUACUGGCGGGCAUGGUGGCGGCGCAAACACUCAUGGAGGGCGUGGUGUUGGUGUUCAAAGUGGCGGCCAACAACGAAAGUCUCCAGUAGACGUUCGAGUAAAACCCGCGGAAAGUACAGAUAAGAAGAAAAGUGAGGGUUUGAACUUAACAAAUCUGUACACGUUUCUGAAAGGAAGACUCGAACACUAUAAGCUAUCGAGCAAGGCACAAUGCACAAGCAUCAUGAAUGUCAUCGAGAUCAUGGCCGAACAGUUAGUAUCAUUUUUGGAAGAAAAGCUAAAAACAGAAAGAUCAGCAGAAGAAAGAAACGUCAUUUACGAGACAUGGAUGAAGCAAAUCGAACAGUUUGCAAAAGACGAGAAGGCGAAAGAUUGCACUCUUACUCUGGGGGAAAAAACGGCAACCCUUGACCAACGAGCCAAAAAACAUGAAAAGAUACUAAAGCUUUGUGCAACAAAGAUAAAGUUUGAAAGGGAAAUAUAUGCCAGAAUGGACAGUGUUCAACAAGAGUUAUUAAAACUGCAACACAUCUUGAAUCCAUCCUAUUCUUGUGAAAAAUCGGAAGGAGAAACAGCGCAAAAGUCUAUUAGCGAUAACUCACAAGGGAAUAAGAUUGAAGAAACAAUACAAGAUUUGAAGAAUGAAAUGUCAAACCAUCAGCAACUGUACCAGCGCAAGUGUAAAGACCUGUGUCAAACACUGGAAGGUAUAUUGAAUUCAAAUAAGGAUCCUGUAAAGGCAAAUGGAGAUCAACCCAAAGACCCCCCACAAAACGUAGGUCCCAAAGGUACUGAACGUCGAGGAACUACUGGAAAAGGAAACGCGCCAACUGAUAUUGCAAAACCCAUUGAGAAGCCAACGGAAACAAUGGAAGAUGUUGAAAAGCUCGUAAAGAACGUGCAGCAACAGAUGGAAAAAAGAGAACGAGAUCAGCAACUGUACCAACGCAAGUGUAACGACAUGUGUUUAACACUGGAAGGUAUAUUGAAUUCCAAUAAAGAUCCUGUUAAGGCAAAUGGAUAUCAACCCAAAGAACCCCCACAAAACGUGGGUCCCAAAGGUACUGAAGGACGAGGAACUAAACACACUACUGGAAAAGGAAACGCGCCAACUGAUAUUGCAAAACCUACUGAGAAGCCAAAGGAAACAAUAGAAGAUGUUGAAAAGCUCAUAAAGAACGUGCAGCAACAGAUGGAAGAAAGAGAACGAGAAUCAAAAAUAUUUAUUGAACUCGUAGAAGAAAUAAAGAAGGAUAUUUCAGAAAUGCAUGACUAUUUUUGGCCUCGUUUAUCGACACCGACGUCGAAUAGUGACACAAACGCUUUGGCUAAAAGUAAAAAGGAAAAUAAAAAUGUUGAAAGUGAUACAGAGAGCUCGACCAAUGAAAAUAUGACACAUGUUCUCAAGGUUGUGAAAGAGAUGACAGCAAGGUUGAAGGGGAUUCCAGCACUUGUGAAAAAUUUGAAACUUGAAUGUGUGCGUAUGUGCGAUGACUUAAAAGAGCCUCUUCCGGAAAACAUAGACAUUCGUCCAAACGAAGAAGAGCCGGUUAUGUUUCUAGAAAUUAAGAAUAAAAUCGACAGAGCACGUCAGGCUGUAGCUGAAAUUCUGAAUGGUCGUGCUGAAACAGAACUCGCGAUCUCUCAGCUAAAAGAGAAGAAUGGGCAAUUAGAUGGCGAUGUGAAAGAGCUGACAUUAAGAUUAUCAAAGUAUGCAGGGGCAAGACUUCGCGACAACAACCCCAACAUAACUGAUCUAAGCGACCCUAAUCGACCGACAAAACUUGGAGAAGAGUUUUCAAAACUGUACGAUGAUGAAUGGACGGACGCUUUUGAUGAAAUGUCGAAAAACGAUAAAAAACUAUCGGACACUCAAGCAAUAUCACGGUUAAUAGAAGUAUUUGAGGAAACCUUCAGAUUCUGUAAUGAAAGCUCAGAUAAGCAGCUUGCAUCUUUGCAGUCGUUGUUAUUGAAACCAGCCACUUUUGCAACCAAAGACAGUUGCAAGGAGAAUGAAGAGCUUAGCCUACAGCCUGUAAGCUCAACAUUGUUACACGAUUUGAGAAAGAGCACUGCUGAAAUUUCGGCCGAAGAUGUUUUGCAGGCAUAUAUAGAGCAACAUAGCGAACCCGAGGAAGAACAAACGCCAGGGAAGACACCAAACCCAAAAAGAAAGACGGAAGACAUUGCAGGGCAUGGUGACUCUAUGUCAUGUGUGGAUAAGUACACACAUAAAUGCUUGCAGUUAUCGUGGUUAGCAAGUGUCCAGACACCUCCAAUUUACGUAGAUUUUACAGUUGAGAAGAAAUCGAAAUUUGAUAAAAACUUGUUCAGGGAGUAUACUGCAACUGGGAAUAAGAUAGAAUACGUUGUAUGGCCGGCGGUUUACCUUCAUCAAAACGGAGGAUUAUUGGUUAAAGGCGUUGCACAGGGAACACUUUAGAUAAUUAUUUUGGGUGAAAUGAAAGCAGAAUAUAACACGCGUUUUGGGAUAUUGUCUGGUGUUAGUGUGUCCAUGUGACGUCACGAUGUGUUACGCAAUCUGCUAAUUAUUUCCAGUUUAAACAUUUUGACUACGUCGUUAUGAUUUAUCAAGGUAUUGUGCAACAGGACGGCACAUCUACCUCUUGCAAUCGUCCUUAUUUGAAGGUGUAAAUUAGAGCAACUAUCUGCACAAGUACUUGGUAAUAGCGAGCGCUGUAUAGUUCUGUGUCAUAGAAUGUCAGAAUCAAGAUGUGUUUGUACAUGUUUAUAUAUCUUGUAAUCCGUCAAAAACUUAUUCUAGCUUCAUAAUAAGUAUACCCAGCUUAGGUCGUUGUUACACAUAUAUCAACGUUAAUAAUCUACUCAGAAUAUUAAACAUUGUGAGUGAAUUUAAAUAAAUUAUUAAUUGUGUCUAAAAGGCGCUCAGUAUAGGUUGAUGCUUAUUUCUUUAAGAUUUUAUAAAAAAGAGAGUAACAUAUCAAAGGACUCAUAUAUAUAUAUAUAU